CCAACCACAAAAAAAUAUCCCAAAACAUGCGCAUUCCCUCAACAUUUUUUUCUAUGCAGAUGCAAGAAACCCGAGAAAAAAACGUAAUUCGUUCGAUUUCGAGAGAAUUCCGGCAGCAGGCAGCAAAAGUUUUCUGACGAGCAAGCAAAAUAAAAUAAAAAUCAAUCCUCAAUUAUUGUGCAAAAUUGCAAACAAAAAAAAAAACCCAAAACAAACUUCUUUUUUUUAUAAUUAUAUCUCCAAUUUGGUGGAAAAAGUAAAGUUUUUUUUUUAAUUUAGUUUUUUGUCCAAGUUAGAAUGGAUAUCUUGCGUAAAAUGUUUAAUAAGACCGAAAACGAAGCCAACACCGACGACCCCAAGAAUUCUUCAUUGGAAGAAAAGGACGGUUUCCGGAAGCCAAGUUGGUUCGAUGAAUCGGACACGGACGAUGAGCUCUUUGGGGACAAUCGGAAGUUCGUCUUCCAAGUCUUUACCAAUCCGAUGGAGUUGCAGAAGCAUUUCGAACACCAAAUGCAGCAAAUAAUGGAGGCUGUUAGCCAAUACGAGGAAAAUCCUCCUAAAUUUGACAAGGACCUAAAGGAAGAUUAUUUAAAGCCUGGAUUUGAGGAGCAUUUCCUCGAGGAAUUUGAAAAGCAGAAGAAAAUGUUUGAUACUGAUUUGGAUGGAGAAAUCAAAUCUAAUCAAUUACACUCUUUGUUGCAACGUGCUGUUGUUCCUGAAAUGUCCAACAUUUUGCCACGCAAUGAUAAUCGUGCAAGAAUGUUACAACCAAAGAAGAAGCUCUCGGAUGAGGAAACCAUUCUUGGCCGUAUACAUGGCACCUUGUUAGAUGACGAGACACGUCCACCGGCCAAAGGAGGCCCUGAUAUGAUCGCUCCGCCUAUAAAAACACCGUUUGGGGGCGUCUUCGAGGGGGCCUAUCAAGGUCCGAAAAUGUUCCGUCAGAGUGUUAUGGUGCAAACUGUACGCAAACCAGAUGGUUCUUAUGAAACCACCAAAGUUACCCAGGACUCGGAGGGUAAUACACAAACCCAAACAACUCGGACUAUAAAUGGAAAAUCCGAAACGGUCACUUCGUUCAGCAAGAACAACAAAAACAAUGAAAUUGUUUCGGCCCGCAAGGCCAUUGGAAAUGCAUCCUCCUAUUCGGACCGUAACAUCUAUGUGUCCAAACAAGGUUAUGCUCUACCAAUGAACCUCUGGUGACCAGUGGUCCCCAGCACCACCACCAAUAACAACAGAACCACAACAACAAUUGCAACUAUUAAUGCAUCCAUUAUAAUUGGCAAUUGCUGCAGCAACAUUAUUACCCUUUUCUUCAAAAUUAUCUUUCAAAUAUAUUACGUGUUAGUUCGUAGAGUCCUUAGUGUUUGGUGUUUUAGAUGAAACUCGUAGUCGUAGGCCCGUCCCCCUAUAUAAACAAAAAAAACGGCAACAAAGCUGUUUCUUAGUAUUUCUUGUUUGUACGCCGCGUCGCGUGCGCAUGUAAAACAACAACCAACCAUUAAACAACACAACAAAAAAACAAACAAACAAAAAAACAAAUUCUCUUUUUUUUUUGUUUUAAACAAAAGACAAAAACAAAAUUAAAAUUAAAAAAACAAAUAAUUACUCAAAUCAUUACUCGCGGCUUGCCGCACUCUCUGUCUCUCUGUUUAAAAACAAAAAAAAAAAAAUAAACUCUCUCAGGGAGAGAGAAUGUGUAGCUUUCGAAUGAAGUCAUGCUAUAGUCGGCGACCUCAGAAGUAGUGGGCUUCGAGCGGCGCUGGUUGAUGUGUAAUUAGACAAACAGAUGCGUAUUAGUUUUGGUUUAUUCUAAUGUCUGUAUGUAUUGAGUCGGUGGUCAUAAAAAAAAAAAAUGAAAAAGGAUGGAGCAGGAGGAGGUGUAUCAAAAAAAUAUUCACACAUACACCUAUAGGUGGACGAGAUAAAGAAUGACAAACAUUAUAACACCAUUAAGAACAACAACAAGAACAAAAAUCACCUUUUCGAAAAAAUUUUCAUUAAUUUUUUUUAUAAUUUUAUUGAUUAAUUUCGAAUUUAAUUUUUGUUUUGCAAUUAGUUUUUUCUUUGUCUCGAAUAUAUUUCACCUUAAAAAAAAAAAACAUAUAUAAUUAUAUACUAAAUAUAUCACAUAUACAUAUACUUUACCCUUAAGUUUAUCAAAAAAAAUUUAAAAAAAAAGUUUGAUGAGAUCAAAAAUUAAAUCAAUUUAACAAAAAAAAAACAA